CCGCACGAGUACUGGAAGGACAGGCUAUUGAAGUUCAGAGCCGCCGGACUUAACACAGUGCAGACAUAUAGCCCAUGGAAUCUACACGAAGAGACUCCCGGCCACUGGGACUUCGAGACCGGUUUCCUAAACCUGAAGGGUUUCCUACAGGCGGCCAAAGAGGCCGACAUGUUUGUGGUGUACCGGCCCGGGCCGUACAUAUGCGCCGAGUGGGAAAUGGGCGGCUACCCGGCCUGGUUCCUGCGGGACCCACACAUACGGCUCAGGUCUAACUAUAAGCCCUAUAUGGAGGCCGUGGGCCGGUAUUUCACAAAAGUGUUGUCACUCAUCGACGAGUAUCAGUUCACUAAAGGCGGUCCCGUAAUAGCGAUGCAGUUUGAGAACGAGUUCGGAGGCAUUCAUAACGCCGACGACAAGGAGUACUUCCAGUUCAUGAGAACUACCAUUGAGUCCCACGGUUUCAAAGAGUUGCUCAUUAAUUGCGAUUCCGGUAUGAAUGCGGCCAACGCUAUGAAGACUGCCUUACCAGGUAUCUUAGAGACGGACAACUUUAAUUCGGACUCGUUAAAAAACCUGAACGCACUGCGCAAAGCUCAACCCAAUAAGCCGCUGCACGUGACCGAAUUUUGGCCAGGGUGGUUUGACAAAUGGUCAGAGAAGGGUCACCACCGGAUGGACGUCAACAGGUUUGAGAAGGAGGUGACGGAUGUCUUAUUCAACGCCAACUCAUCCAUCAAUUUCUACAUGUUUUUUGGCGGCACUAACUUUGGGUUCAUGAAUGGCGACCGAGUGGUGACCAGUUAUGAUUACGACGCCCCUCUUUCCGAAACAGGCAAUUAUACGGCAAAGUAUUGGAAAACUAAAGAAUUGGUAGAAAAGUUUGUGAAAGAAAGAGGUUUACCACAACUACUGAUACCCAAACCUCCGGAGUAUCUGAAACCCAAGGCUUACGGAAAGGUUAAAGUCGUUGACUAUCUGUCUCUGGAGGACGUGUUGAGCAAAAUCAAGCCAAUCGUCACCGAAAAGCCAACGCAUAUGGAGUUAUUGAAUUUGGGUGACAAUCAUGGUCAACAUUUUGGGUUCAUUAACUAUAGGCUCACGAAUUUGCAAAAAUUUAAACACUUGAAACUAACCGGUGGUGUAUCGGAUCGGGCGAUAAUACUUAUUGACCACAAAGAGGUGGUAACCAUCGAGACUAAUAAAGACUACGAACUGAACGUAACUGACUCUCAAUUUGCGAACACAACGACCCAUACGUUGGAUAUUAUUGUGGAAAACAUGGGUCGUGUGAACGGCGGCGCAGAAAUGAAUUCCGCCCGAAAGGGUCUCAAUGGGGACGUGACUAUUGACGGGAAAAUAGGGUCACAUUUUGAGACAUUUCCCAUUGAAUUGAAACAACAAUUUGUUCAACAAAUGCAUGAAUUGAAGGGAAAGCCAUUCGUUGAGGGCAUCAAAAGUCCAUCACUUUAUAGGUUAUCAUUGGAUAUAAAGGAGAGU